UUUGCCAUAACCCAGUGGCUAGCUAUAGCUAUAGCGAGCGUAGACACGACGUGCCACUGGUCCAUCGAUCACAAGCUCUUCGAUCCUUCUUCUUCGUAUACUAGCUAGUACGUGUCUACCUCUCUCUCCCACCAUGCCGACCCUCGCCGAUCAGGCCGAUCCGCCGCUGGCCGACAGCUACCGCGCGCUGCUCCGCGCCGGCAACGGCAUUGCGCCCGCGCCGGCGACUGAAAGCCUGGCCGUGUUGGAGCAGGACCUCCCCAUGAUCGACCUGUCGCGCCUGUCGAGCGGCGACGCCAAGGAGCGGGAGGCGUGCGCGGAGGCCAUGGCGAGGGCCGCGUCAGAGUGGGGCUUCUUCCAGGUGACCGGCCACGGCGUGGGCCGCGCGCUGCUGGAGGAGAUGCGGCGCGAGCAGGCUCGUCUGUUCCGGCUGCCGUUCGACGCCAAGGAGAAGGCCGGGCUGCUCAACGGGUCUUACCGGUGGGGCAACCCGACGGCGACGUCGCUCCGGCAGCUCUCGUGGUCGGAGGCCUUCCACGUCCCGCUCGCCAGCAUCUCCGGGGAGGACUGCGACUACGGAAAGCUCUGCUCGCUCAGGGGCGUGAUGCAGGAGGUGGCGGACGCCAUGUCCCGGGUGGCGGACACGGUGGCCGGGGCGCUGGCGGAGAGCCUCGGCCACCGCCCUGGCGGGCCGACGGCGUUCCCGGCGGGCUGCGACGGGACGACGUGCUUCCUGCGUCUGAACCGGUACCCGGCGUGCCCGUUCGCGCCGGAGACCUUCGGGCUGGUGCCGCACACGGACAGCGACUUCCUCACCAUCCUCUGCCAGGACCACGUCGGGGGCCUGCAGCUCAUGAAGGACUCCCGCUGGGUCGCCGUGAAGCCGCGCGCCGACGCCCUCAUCGUCAACAUCGGCGAUCUCUUUCAGGCGUGGAGCAACAACAGGUACAAGAGCGUGGAGCACAAAGUGGUGGCCAACUCCAAGGCGGAGCGCUUCUCCGUCGCAUACUUCCUCUGCCCCUCCAAUGACUCCCUCGUCGGCACUUGCGGCGAGCCGUCGCCCUACUACCCCUUUACGUUCGGGGAGUACAGGAGGAAAGUGCAGGACGAUGUCAAGAGAACCGGCAAGAAAAUUGGGCUCCCCAACUUUCUUAAACUUUCUACCGUUGACGGCCAGAAAUGAUACAUCCACAGCAUCGCCCCUGUUCUUAACUCACUGGUGGAAAAAGGGCCUUUGGUCGCGGUUCGCAACUGCCAUUAGUCGCGGUUGCGCAACCGCGACCAAAGUAGCGCGACUAAA